UGGUCAUAUUGAAGGUGUUUUUUUUUUUUUAUUAAUAUAAUAAAACUAAUAGAGAUUUAAAGUUAGAGUUAGUUUGUGAUAUGGUGCUUAACACCUAAUAAAAACAUUACAAUGGGUUCCACUAUGGGAUACAAUCCCAAAGCAUCAGUAAAGAAUUUCACCCAUGUUAAAGAAAACUUACCUGAACUUGAUGCAUUAAGUCUAAUCAAUUUAGUUGUAUGCGCUAUCAUAUUUAUACUUGGUGUACUUGGAAACGGGCUUGUUUUUUAUUUAUUUGGAUUAAAGUUUACUAAAUUAAAAUCAUUUGAAAUUUUUAUAAUAAAUUUAGCUGUUGCCGACUUUAUAAACGCAGUAAUUUUUCCUACAAAAAACAUUUUGGAAUUAACACAUCUUAAUUUUCAACAGAUAGGACUAAAUGGCUGCAAAAUAAUUUCAUUUACAAGCACAACAAGCAUGACCGUAACAGCGCUAACUUUACUCACGGUCUCCAUUGACCGAUUUAUUGCUAUAAAAUGGCCAUUACAUAAACGUCCGUAUCAAGGCACUGUAUUUGUGGUAAUCGCUUGCACAUGGCUCACCGCAACAUUAAUGGGAAGUGUUUAUUUAAUUGAAGGUAAUGUAUGCUUGCUGUCACCAAAUAAAAAUAAAACCUUUGAAUGUUGUAGUUGCAUAAAAGGUAGUGAACGCGUUGUAUUUGUGUUAACAGUUUUUGCCGUCCAAACUGGUUUUCCAAUAAUUGUUAUGGUAGUGUUGUACACACUGAUUGUGAUUGAAUUAAAUAGCAAUUGUAAAAAAAGAGCGUUUGAUGAAGGAAAGCACAACUUAAAAAUCCAUUUAGCACAAAACAGGAAAGCCAACAAAAUGGUGGUUUUGGUUGUUGCUGUUUUUUCUAUUUGUUUUCUUCCUUUUAAUCUAUUUUAUGUGUUUAAUUUGUUUAUUAAGCAACCGAUUAAAAACACUAAAAAAAUUUUUAACAUUUUGUCGUUGUUUCAGAUGAGUAACAGUAUUGCUAAUCCGAUCAUUUACAGCAGACUUCAUAACUCAUUUAAAGACAGUAUUAAAAAAACGGUUUAUCUGUACUGUCUAUCGAGGCCAAAAAAGAGAUCAUAUCAGGAGAACACAAAAUUUUCUAUAAUUAAAAAUACUUCAAUUCACUAUAAAAAGCGCUCAAACUCUGCAGCUAGCAAUGGAUCAAUAAAAACAAGGUUGUCUUCAAUUACGACAAGUCAUUAUGAAGGAGAUAAUGAACGAAAACUAUCAGAAUUUACAGAAUAUGCAUUCCAUGACGAUAGCUAAGAGACACUCUCAAAAAUACGUUGAUAUUAUUUGUUGCAACCACUAUUUUUGAUUAACGAUGUAUUGCAAUCAGAUACUGUUUAUCCUACAAACAAAUAUUUAAAAAUCCAGUUUUAAAUUUAAAUAACACAAAAAAAAAAACAUUAAACAUUUGGUAAAUAUAGAAGCUUGUCAAGUUUUAUUUACCCCAGUUCAUUAAGCAACAAGCCUGAGAGCGAGGAUAUUUUAGAAAAAAAUGCACCUGAAAUACGAAAAGAAAAUAUGAAGAAAAAUGUUAUUCGCUACAUUUUUUUUGUUUUUAAAAUUCGUAAAAAGUAUAACAGAGAAGAAUUUUUUUUUAAUUUAAAUGUCAGUUUAUUUUUAUCAAGUGUAAAUUUUAUUGCACGCAGACAAAACAUAAGUUGCUA